ACAUCCAACAUACACAGCUCCCAACAGGAAAAUACAACAUAAAAAGUGUAUCAAGCCAACCAUCUUCUUCACAUAUUUACUUCUGUCUGUGUCUGUACAACAUCAACAUCAACAUCAACCACCACCACCACCACUACCACUGCCACUACAUACGAGACUUCAAGAAGAAUCAAUAUCAGCGUAUCAUGACAACAACAACAACCAACCCUGAAGAAGGCUCAAGCACUACCCAUCUCAACCUUAACUCACCCUCAAUCACUACAGCACUCGCAUCAGAUCCAAGCCAAUCACCAUACAGACUCACCAAGAAGCUAUUCCCACGACCGUCACUACCAAAACGAAUCUGGUUAAGAUUCAGAAUCAAAGAUGACUUGUACCAUCGAGUCGAACCAUCAGCAGAACAGAUCCAACUGGCCUAUCAAUCCGGAAGAUGGUCAACUCAAAGCGGAACUACCAACCGACCCUCCGACCUAUUCCUCAAGAUGUUCUCCGACGUCCUGCUCUGUCUAGAAAGGAAUCAACUCGCUGGCGUCGUCUCCCCCUCCCUCAUCGCUACCUGUGGCAUCAUCCCUCUCACCAUCCUGAGCGUCAUCCCUGAUAUCAUGCAGCAUUACUAUGACUGUAUCGUUCUGGCCAAGCACGAAGUACUGAUAGCCACCAAUUAUCUACAAAUAUCCAACUCCCAGAAUACCCUGUGUGAGGCACUGAUCGAGCUUUCAAAACGCGUCGGAGACCGACAACAGAAAGACAAAGUUGUUGUCAAACUCAUUUACGAUCGUGGGGAUUGGAAACAAGUUUUCAAGAAUCAUUUAUCUAUCAAACCUAAUAGUUCCCCAUGGAAAGAAGUAGGACUGCCCGAUUUAGAAAAAAUUCCCAACCUGGAACUCGAGGUUAUCAACUUCCAUAGGGUUCUGCUUGGUACCUUUCAUUCCAAGUUCCUAAUCGUUGAUCGAAGCGUAGCACUGCUCAAUAGUAACAAUAUUCAGGAUCGUCCCAAUCUUGAAAUGAUGAUUCACUUAGAAGGGCGAAUAGUUGACUCGUUUUACGAUAUGUUUCUAAUCUCAUGGAACAACCGCCUGAAUCCGCCUCUACCCCUCAUAGGCGAGACGCCAUCUUCUCAGCCUCACACCUAUCGGUUUGCUUCCAAUAAUGCAUUCUUGCGCAACAUCGAUGUCGUCAAGUCUGCGCAAGAUGCCCGAGCUACACUUCACAGGGAAGCAGAGACGGAUCGUAACGCAUCAGCUCACCAACAUCAGGAUGGAUUAUUGAAUUCCACAUUCAGCAAUGUAGUCAGAGAUCUCAUGGAAGACCGGCGUCGAUCGCACCACCAGCACAAUUUAGACCCUUCUCACUCGCAUCCUGACGAGUCCUCAAGGUUGGGACCUUCACUACCUCCUUCGGUUCGAUUCUCGAAUGCGGUGCAAAGGCUUAUCGAGGAACAGCGGCGAUUGAAGAACACCACUACACAUCAAGUGCUGCCUAAAAUCCGCGCCUCUUUCGUCGGCACUUCACAUCCUCAAAAUCGACCCAAAGACUUUGCAUCUCCCUCGACAGUCAUUGAAUCGAUAGACGAGCAUACGACAACCAUGAGCACUGUUGCAAGUAAGAUUACUGCCGACAGUCAAAUCACAUCCACCGAGCAUCCCUCGUCCUACGAGGGCGCUCGUCAGUCGCAAUCUACAUUGAGUAAACCGCCACUUUCUGAUUCUCAUGCCGUUCACAACGAUCUCAAUAGUCGUCACAUUCGAGUUCACAGUGACGGAAGUACGCUCACUACCGGUGCAGCUAACAUCGAAUUGGCAGAAACUUCUUCUUCGCCUUCUUCUCGAAGACGUAGUGUGCGGUUUUCGCCCGGCAAGAUUCACAUUAGUGCGCUCUCAGAUGUACUGAAUGUAGGUACAUUACGUCAGGCGGAUGCAAACGUUUCACCAGAUCAUGACAUAGGCGACUUCCAGCCGCACAUGAUCCAUGAAGAGCACGCGGAGUUUCCAAUCGUGAUGGUCAAUCGGCCGCCACAUGGGUUGCCCGGUCAUAACGACAUCCGGGUCCCCCAGAACGCAGCGUGGAUGGCCGGGUUCAAAUACGCUAAGAAAAAGGUAUUCAUUCAGACACCCACCCUCAACUCUGCUCCUGUCGUUAAAAUGUGCGUCGAUACUGCCAAACGUGGAGUCUCUGUUAUCCUUUACCUUGAUCUCGGGUUUAAUGACAAGGGCGAAAGUAUUCCGUUUCAAGGUGGUACUAAUCAAGAAGUUGUUAUCAAAAUGUACAAAACUCUCAAGAAAUUCAAUUGUCAGAAAAACUUAUUGGUUUAUUGGUAUACAGGCAAAGAUCAAAUUAGACCGAUCAAUGCAGUUCUCAAAUCAAGAAAUUGUCAUGUGAAAUUCAUGGCAGUAGAUGAUUCAGUUGGCAUUCAAGGGAACGGGAACCAAGAUACCCAGUCCUGGUUUCAUUCACAAGAGAUUAAUGUGAUGAUUGACUCGCCUCAAAUCGUUCAGGAUUGGAUGAAAUGUUUGAUCGCCAACCAGAACACUCAACUUUAUGGCCAAGUCAACUCUGAUGGCAUUUGGAGGGAUGCCGAGGGCCAUACUGUUGACUAUUACGAUCAACCCAAGUUAAUGAAAAAUAAAAAAUUGGCAGAAGGGCUGAUCAAGAAAGCCGAUCCACCCACCCAGUUCUCGACCUCGAUGCCACCAUCUCCAGAGACCCGUCAAAUCAAUCCCGAGCCAGUCACCACCUCAAUUAUUACUUCACCUGGUGGGACCACAAAAAUAAGAACUACUGCCAGUGUCGGCUCCACUAAUGAGGCUUCUGGAAGCCAACCUCCCUCGCCAGUCUUAACUAGUUCUUAGCCCCCCGCCCCCAAAAAAACAUUUCCUCGUUUUCCAUACUUUGUUUCACGCCCACUCUCAUACCCUCAUAUGCAACGGACUUUAGCUGUUUCUUUUCUUCCUGCUUCUUGUUGGAUUUGGUUUGCUCCUUUCAUAUCAAUACCUUGAUCAUUUUUGUCUGUUCCAAUCAACUGUGAAAAAGCUCACUUUCCUUGAUCUUUCAUCCAUCUAUCCCUCUGACUUGUUUUUCUUACAACUAUUUUUUCCCCCUUGGUAAUCAUUCUAUUAAAGACAUGCUGUAUCAUCUAUUGUUGUUCUUGUUUGUCCCCUCUAUUUCUUUGGAGUGUUUAUGUUUUUUUUUGGUUGGUUCAUCUGUAUCAAACACACACGCAUUUGCAUUUACAUACAUAAUCAGGUUUCUUUCUUUCUUUUUUGUCUUCUUGAUAUUUGUUGUGACUGCUUUGCUUUGUUUUGCUUCUCUAUAUAUUGGCCAUGACUUUCUUAUAUGUAAAUACCCACCCAAAUACUUAUAUGUAUAUAUAUCCUGGCCAAUCACACAUAGCAAGAAAUCUCAAGAAUCUCAUUAUAGCCCC